AUGAAGGUCACGUUGGCAACAAUCGCAAUCUAUCUGACGGCACUUGGUCUGGCUCAGGACUCGGCUGAGUCGCCGGAAAGGGGCUGGGCUGCUCAUUUCUCCUGGUCAUUUGAUCAAUUUAUAGCCGACGGGCUUGAACAAGUCUCGUUUCCCAUGAACAUGGCUAAUGCGAAUCACGACGACGGCUUCUACUUUGCGCAGCAGUUCAAUUUCGAAGACAUCACAGACAUAGGUUAUAUUGGCCUACAGCCGAGAAAGGACAACAACAGCGUGAGCAUGAUCCACGCAGCAUUUUCGUCGUUUCAAAACGGCACAACGACUUCCAACAAGAACUGCACCGAAGGUGCUGAUGGCGGACCCGGGGGAUCGGGCUUUGUCGAGUAUUACCACUGGAAUGUCGAAGGAUCGGGGCAGAACUGCGAAGCCUUGCCCAGGACGGAGGUUACAUUUAGUAUCCCCACAUCCAAAGACGCCGAAAGGGGCUCACUACGGCCCACAACCGAGUCCGGACCGUGCAAGGGCCUUGUUGCAUUACAGAAAAGCCAAGUUCCCGACGGGUGGCAUUUUGCGGCGGGAUUUCAAAACGGCACAAACGAGGCCGCCACCAAGAUCCACAUAGAUGCGGCAACCCAGAAGCUGAUUGAUGAGUACUCAAAAAAGGCGUACGAGGAAUGGAUCAAGGAGCACCCAGAAGAGGCACAAGGGCAAAAUUGA